AUGCCCAUUCGCUGCCAGCAGAGCCCGGUGCUGGCAGGCAGCGCCGCUUUGGCGGCCAUGGGGGCACUGUUCCUGUACCUGGCCAAGCCCUCGGGCUACGGGAAGUACUCGGAGGGCCUGACGCCCGCCGCCCCCCGCCUGCCCGCGCGCGCCGCCUGGUUGCUGCAGGAGCUGCCCUCCUUCGCGGUGCCCGCGGGGAUCCUCGCCCGGCAGCCGCGCGCUCUCCUCGGCCAGCCUGCGACGGUGCUCCUGGGCCUCUUCUGCGCGCAUUACUUCCACAGGACAUUUAUUUACUCAUUGCUCACUAGAGGGAGGCCUUUUCCAGUUGUGUUCGUGGUCAGAGGAUUUAUCUUCUGCGCAGGAAAUGGACUUCUCCAAGGCUACUAUCUGAUUUACUGCGCUGAGUACCCUGCUGAGUGGUACAUGGACGUACGGUUUAGCCUGGGUAUCUUCUUAUUUAUUUUGGGAAUGGGAAUCAACAUUCAUAGUGACUAUAUAUUGCGCCAGCUCAGGAAGCCUGGAGAAGUCAUCUAUAGGAUUCCACAAGGUGGCUUGUUUACGUAUGUUUCUGGAGCCAAUUUCCUUGGUGAGAUCAUUGAAUGGAUCGGCUAUGCCCUGGCUACUUGGUCCCUCCCAGCACUUGCAUUUGCGUUUUUCUCACUUUGCUUCCUGGGGCUGCGAGCUUUUCACCACCAUAGGUUCUACCUCAAGAUGUUUGAGGACUACCCCAAAUCUCGGAAGGCCCUCAUUCCAUUUCUCUUUUAAAGAAACCAGAUAAAAAGGGAGCAAAGCUCCCACAUGACUGUUGAACACCAUCAAGCUGCUGAGCCUGUAACUUUUAAAGUUCCACCGUGUAUAUGUAACUGGAGACCACUUGUGUUUUGACAGCUGGCCUGGAGAUGCUGUGAGGCAGCUACUUAUUUUGUACUCUACCCUCCCAGAGUCUCUUUCCUGAUCUCCUGUUGAAGCUUCCACAAGGCUCUUCUCCAUACAGAGGCAUCUGUCUGCAACUUAUCUAUUCCUUCUAGAAAGUGCAGAAAUUCCCUAUAUAUUUUCUUCUUUGGGUGAUCAAUGUCCGACAGCUCUGCAGUUGGGAAAGUUUUCAGUCGAGGGCAGUGCUUAGAGAAUUUAUUAAAGGUACGUGUUUUACUU